AAUUUGCAAUUAUCUUUCUCUCUCACAGAACUCCCAUGGAGGCACUCCUGAACACUUCCUUUGCAGCUAAUCUUACACCCAAAGCUCCAAAAUUUGUUGACAGCAAUUGUUGUUCUUUUCUAAAGAACCAAAACCCAUGCAUUAAAUUCGCAAAUGGGUAUUCUCCCUUCACUUUUUCCGGUCCAUUUACUUCCCAGAAGCUCCCUAUUGGACUUAGAGGCUCAGUGAUAGUGGGGGCAAAGAAGAACCACAAGAGCAAGAAGGAAGACACUCACAGCUUCGUGCCCAAGCAAGACGAGUCCACUGGGUUUUUCCCUGAAGCUGUGCUCCUUAAAGAGAAGAAAGUUCAGGAUGGUAAACUUCUUCCUGAGUUUGCCGAUGCUGAGGAACAAGGUCUCUAUGAAACUCUGAUGCUAGAGCUGGAAAGUGACACGGUUCUGGAACAAAUGCGCCACUAUGAAGUGGUUUAUUUAAUUCACGAGAAGCAUGAGGAAGAGGUCGGGAGUGUUAACGAGAAAGUUCAAGAUUUUUUAAGGGAGAAGAAAGGCAAGAUAUGGAGACUGAAUGAUUGGGGUAUAAGAAGAUUAGCAUACAAGAUAAAGAAAGCCAAGAAUGCCCACUACAUCUUAAUGAACUUUGAGUUAGAAGCAAAAUGGAUUAAUGAUUUUAAGAGCAUGCUAGACAAAGAUGAAAGGGUCAUUCGGCAUCUUGUGAUGAAGACAGAUGAGGCAAUCACAGAGGAUUGCCCUCCACCUCCUGAGUUCCACACCCUGCGUGGAGAUAUGGAUGAUUCUGAUGAAGAGGAUGAUAUUGGUGAUGAUGAUGACUAUGACAAUGAAGAUGAUGGAGAGGAUUGGGAUGGUGAGGGUGAGAUGGAUGGUUAUGAUGAUGAAACUGAAGAUGGGAUUAUUGUUAUCAAGGAUGAUGCUGGUGACAGAGAACAUACAAAUGAUAUAUCGGCUAUCAUAAGAAAUAAAGGUAGAAAAAACCUGAAAGCUGAGAAAGUAGGCAGGUAGUCCUUUUUUCUAGACUUUUAUUGUGGGUUUUAGUUUGGGAGAUCUCAAAGCAGGCUUAUGUAUUCCUUUCUUCAUGUAUAAAUUUGACAGCAUUCAAGUAAAACGUACUUUGAUGAA